CUUGAGCACUGGGAUGCUAUUAAGCUUUUCAGACUACUACGGCUUGAAUUCCAGCUCUCAGGAAACACGAGCAUCUCAAUGUAGGAUAUAUGGCAAAACAUACAUCAAGAAUCAGCAGCAAGGAUCGAUUGUAAGACCAGAAGCAAGGCAAUGUCCCAGCAAGCUGAGUCCUCCCAAUGUGGCGGCGUUGUGGUGGAGUUCGACCCUGACGACAUCAGGAAUGCCAGAGCCAAAAAAGCCAGGAGCAUACCAGGUUCAGCGCUUAUCUACCUCAAGGGUCCCAAGUUCCUCAUCUAUGUCAGUGGAGCAUUGUCAAUGUGGGGCGACCGAAUGUGGCACUUUGCCAUCUCUGUGUUCCUGAUUGAGCUGUACGGACGUAACUUGCUGUUGACUGCAGUCUUCGGCUUAGUGGUAGCUGGCUCGGUGCUCCUGCUUGGAGCUUUGAUCGGAGAUUGGGUUGAUCGCAAUCCCAGGAAUAAAGUUGCACAUGCAUCUCUAUUCAUCCAGAACAUCUCAGUGACCAUCUGUAGCAUUGUGCUCAUGUUGGUGUUCUCAUAUAAGCAAAGGAUUGAGCAGAUCUGGGAUGGCUGGCUUACUGUGGUUUGUUAUACGGUGGUGAUCGUCCUGGCAGAUGUGGCAAACCUUGCAAGCACUGCGCUGACCAUUGCCAUCCAGCGGGACUGGAUCAUAGUCAUCACCGGCUACAAUCGCGGCCACCUCGCUGGAAUGAAUGCCACCAUGAGGCGGAUAGAUCAGGUGACGAACAUCCUGGCCCCGCUCGCCGUGGGACAGGUCAUGACCCUGGCCUCCAAUGUAGUUGGGUGUGGCUUCAUCUUGGGAUGGAACCUCUUGUCUCUCAUUGUGGAGUUUUUCUUCUUGUCCCGGGUGUACCGCAUCGUCCCCGCUCUUUCUGUCAAACCACCAACGGCGGAGGUCGACCUCGCCAAUCUGGAAGGGAUGAACAGAAGCGGAUCGCAAGGUGAAGGUCAAGUCGUUCAGCCUGUGGCAGAAGGAGACAGUGAUGCGAGGCUCCGCCUAAAAGAAAUGACCUAUCUCCCACUGUGCUCGCGGAGGUUUCGCUGGCUGGUGAGCACCUGCAAGGACGGAUGGAGGUCCUACUAUCAACAGCCGGUCUUCCUUGCGGGAAUGGGCCUGGCGUUCCUCUACACUACCGUACUGGGCUUUGAUUGCAUCACCACCGGCUACGCCUACACUCAGGGCAUAAGCGGCUCCUUCCUCAGUGUGCUGAUGGGUGUGUCGGCCAUCACUGGUCUGAUGGGCACCGUCAUGUUUACGAGACUGAGGAAGACAUACGGUCUGAUCAACACGGGCAUCAUCUCCAGCUGCCUCCACCUGGGCUGCUUGCUCCUUUGUGUGUGCUCCGUCUUUGCCCCCGGGAGCCCCAUGGAUCUUAGCUUGCUCAUGCCCUACUUUACCUCAAACUCCUCCACGGAGGUUGGAGGCAUGGCGAACCAAAGACAAAAACACACGUCUGCCUCGAGGGGGGGCAGCAAUCAACCACUUCUACCCGACCGUUCCUCCAUCCACUGGACCAACAACACUGUGCUUUUUGACAACGUGCCCUCCGGUAGCGCGCCAGAAUCUUACAUCUCCAUUAUCCUCUUGUUCAUGGGGGUCAUCACGGCACGCAUCGGAUUGUGGUCCUUUGACCUGACAGUCACCCAGCUGUUGCAGGAGAACAUCUGUGAGUCCGAGCGAGGUGUUGUAAAUGGGGUGCAGAGCUCUAUGAAUUACCUGAUGGACCUGCUCCACUUCAUAAUGGUCAUCUCUGCUCCACAGCCACAGCAUUUUGGUAUCCUAGUUCUCAUUUCUGUGCUUUUCAUCACCACUGGACACACAAUGUACUUCCUGUAUGCGCACAAAGCCAAGAGAAAACGUCGCCUGGACACCUAAAAGGGGAGACAAGGCCCCCAAAUACAAGCACGGGAUGCUUUACAUGCACCGAGUCCGCUCUGACCAUGUGAAAUGAAUGUGUCCCUCCCGUUCCGUGACUUAGCCAUUCAUUUCCGCACACCACAGCCAGAGUCUCUGUCUCACCUCAGCUGCUUCCUCCCUGAAGGGCCUGCAUGCGAUAAAGCAGCAAACCAGAACUCAGGUGCAAUAGAAUGGGAGCAACAGUGUAUCAUGAAUAUGAAUGGUCGCGGUAAAUGCAGCAAUGAAACCUCCGGGGGUGAUGUCCUAGUGGAAUUUACAACAGGAGUAAACCCCAAAGGAUUACCGCAAUGCUUUCAAUGAACCUUUGAAAGCUUUCGCUAUGAAAGUGGAUGGAUGAUGACAUUUUUUUAAACUGUAUGUACAAAAGAACCGCUGUUGUGAGGCAAACGCUGAUGCAUUGCUAAGAAAGACGGGCAUUAUACAAGACGGUACUGAUCCACCCACUUGGAAAUAUUCCAGGAUUUCCAAUUAAGGAAAAUAAAGGGAAUUGCACAUGAGAUCGUAUGAAAUAAACCCGAAAUAAAAGUAAGAGAAGCAGCGCCCUUUUUAACGGACAAAAAAAAGAGUUUCUUCAACUGUUUUUUUUCCUGUGCAGCAAUCAUGCAAACGCACAAUGCCAGAUAAACGUAUGGUCCUGAGUGCUAUAGAACACUAGAAACUGAUCUCCAAUGUCACGUGUAUUAAAAAAACAAACAUAUAAUCGGGUUAGUCAAUAUUUUUCAAAAUGUUUGAAAUCAACACUGUCACUCCUACAGGGAGUGUUCAACCACACUUCCAUACUUUAAAUGGACCCAUCAUGACCUCACCUCGACAAAGAGCAUGAAGACAGCUACUCUAUGUUUUCAUAUUGCCACCUUACACAGCCCACAACCAGCAUCACCUCUGCAACAUAUUUGUAUCAUUUUCCUGUCACCUCGACAUAUCGUGUGUUGUCACUGUUUAUGUUUGACUGAUAUCCUCCUCAUGAUAAAUAAUAAAGAACUAGUAAAAUGACAUUUUUGUCUAGACAUGAUGGAUGUAGAGCGGCAAAGAAAACUGCUGUAAUGUGAAAUUUAUGAUGGUGAACUUGCUAAAAGUAUGGUCAAAAGCGAAAUAAUGCGAUGCUAAUUGGCAUACCCAAUUCGAAAUGAACACGCACCACAACUACCGGUUACAACAUCAAUUUAGAGAAGUACAGUAGAACAUUUCAGGUAGAACUAAAUUCAUUCACAUUGGUUGUCCUCCUUUCCUUUCUCGUGGAAAAUAAUGCAAGGUGAAUUCAUUUGAUCCUGACUCAAAUUGCUGGUGUCAUUCAACCUUCGUCAACUUCACAACAAUUUAAAAAGCCUUUCGAAAUAACUUUUAGAUUGCCUUU